AUGGCUAACAGGAGGAGGAGGAACCCCGCUGGAGCUGAUGACAUAGCUCAGGCGAUCCAUCGUAUGGUGGACACGAUGCAGCCCAUAGCGGCGCCACCCAGAGCUGUAGUGGCACCUACCCGGCCAGUAGCUAUGGAGGAUUUCAUGAAACACCGGCCGGCCAAGUUCUCUGGCAAGGCCACUCCUGACGAGGCAGAUGCUUGGAUGCGGGAAUGUGAGAAGAUCUGUAGGGUGCUGGGAUGCACAGAUGAGCAGAGACUGUUGUUUGUCACGUUUCUUCUAGUGGCAGACGCAGAGUAUUGGUGGCAGGGGAUGCAGCAGUUGAUGCAGACCCGUGGGGAGCAGGUGACGUGGACUGCCUUCAGGAUGAGGUUUCUGGAGAAGUACUUUCCCGACAGUGCGAGGCACGAACGGGAGGCAGAGUUCCUUACUCUUCAGCAGGGGACCAUGACUGUGGCGGCCUACAUAGAGAGGUUCGAAUAUCUGGCGCGUUUCUACACUCCAGUAGUCACCGAGGAGUGGAGGUGUAGGAGAUUCGAGGGCGGAUUAAAACAUGAGAUACGCCGCUUCAUUGUGCCGCUUCGGAUUAGAGAGUUCCCAGUUUUGGUCGAGCAGGCCAAAACUGUGGAGCAGUUGGAGACCGGGUCUAGUAGUGGAGGGAAACAGCAGAGGACUACUCCAGAUGUCAGACCUCAGAGGAAACCUUAUAGCAGAUCGCCGACUACCUGGGGAAGGUUACGGUGUUAUAACUGUGACGGGGAACACUUGAGGAGGGAUUGUACUAAACCGGCCAGCAGUACAGGUGGAGGCAGUAGUACUGGUAGGUGCUACGUAUGCCAGCAGACAAGGCACUUUGCACGUCAGUGUCCUAACAAAAGACAAGCUGGUGGUGCGCCAGCUACGAGGCCAGUAGGAGACCGACCCAGAGCACCAGGGCGUGUGUUCGCCCUGACGACCACAGAGGCGAAACAGUCAGGUAACCUUUUGCAGUUUCUAUGUCUGUUGUGUGACCACGAGGUAGUGGUGUUGUUCGACUCAGGAGCCACUCAUUCGUUUGUGUCGAAUGAAUGUGUGAGGAGGCUCGGGCUCACGAUGCGAGAGCUGGGGUGCGAGCUUUUAGUUGCGACGCCAGCGUCUGGAGAGGUAUCCACCACUUCUAUGUGCGUGGGGUGUCCUAUGGAGGUGGCAGGCCGUAGGUUCAGGCUGAAUCUCAUAUGCUUGCCGAUGGAGGGUUUAGAUGUGAUUUUGGGCAUGGAUUGGUUGUCGAAUAACCAUGUCGUCAUUGAUUGCGGGCAGCGCAAGAUAGUGUUUCCUGAUACGGUGGGGUUAGAACUUAUCUCGUCUAAUCAGGCGGUGAGGGAGAUUGAGGCUGGAGCUACAUGUUACAUGAUUGUGGCUCAGGCAGAAAAGAUGAGCACGGCCGAGCAGAUCAGCAGGAUCCCGGUAGUGGAUGAAUAUGCAGAUGUAUUCCCGGAUGAGAUUCCAGAACUACCGCCUAGCAGGGAUGUAGAUUUCUCCAUUGAUCUCAUCCCUGGCGCUGGGCCAGUUUCUAUGGCACCGUACAGAAUGGCGCCUGCUGAGUUAGCUGAGCUAAAGAAACAGAUUGAGGAUCUGCUUGAGAAGAAGAUUGACGAUCUAUUGGAUCAAUUGAGGGGAGCUGCGGUGUUCUCAAAAAUAGACCUGAGAUCUCGGUAUCAUCAGAUCCUUGUCAGGCCGGAGGAUGUCCAGAAGACAGCUUUUCGAUCACGGUAUGGUCACUACGAGUAUGUAGUGAUGCCAUUUGGGGUGACCAAUGUGCCGGCUAUAUUCAUGGAUUACAUGAAUAGGAUUUUCAGGCCAUAUCUGGAUCAGUUUGUAGUAGUGUUUAUCGAUGACAUUCUGAUCUACUCCGAGAGCAGGAAAGAACAAGCAGAACAUCUAAGAGUAGUAUUGGGGAUUCUCAGAGAGCACCAGUUGUAUGGGAAAUUGUCGAAAUGUGAAUUCUGGUUGGAAGAGGUACAAUUCCUGGGUCAUGUGAUCUCAGCCCAAGGAAUAGCCGUUGAUCCGGCAAAGAUAGAGACUGUGGUGAAGUGGGAGAGGCCCCAAACAGUUUCAGAGGUGCGUAGUUUUCUGGGUUUGGCAGGGUAUUAUCGACGGUUUGUGGAGGGUUUCUCCAAGAUGAUGAGUCCUCUUACACAGCUUACGAGAAAGGACCAGCCUUUCUCGUGGACGGACGAGUGUGAAGCUUGCUUCGAGGAUAUGAAGAGAAGACUGACCACCGCACCGAUAUUGGCAAUCCCUGACACGACUAAAACAUUUGAGGUGUACUGUGAUGCCUCGUAUCAGGGGUUGGGUUGUGUGCUGAUGCAGGAUAAACGGCCUGUAGCUUAUGCAUCGAGACAGUUGAAGGUGCAUGAGAAGAAUUACCCGACACACGACUUGGAGUUAGCGACAGUCGUGUUUGCCCUCAAGACAUGGAGGCAUUACCUGUAUGGAGCGCAGUUCCAGGUAUUCAGCGAUCAUAAAAGCUUGAAAUACUUGAAGAGAAUUCAUGUUUCAGCUAUGAUGAUUAGGGAGUUGGAGCUGAUAGAACAGUUGAGGGACAUGAAUCUGGGGUUGGAUAUAGGGCCUGGACAGAUACGAUGCAGCAUGUUGAGGAUCACGAAUGAGUUCCUAGAUGAGCUUCGGGUGGAACAGGGGAAGGAUCAGGAACUGCAGAUGAUAAUUGGUGAGUUGGGCACUGAGAAGAGGAAGGAUUUCCGAAUGGGCAGAGACGGGAUCCUACGGUUCAGGGAGAGAGUGUGUUCCAAACAGCAGGGUUCUGAGGAAGAUGCUCCUAGAUGA